GUGCCACCCCUGCCAAAGACCAGGUUACUAAAUUUAUCAUACUGGUUUUCCUACUGUGUUAUGUACUUAAGAGGAAUGCUUUUUGACUCUGUUUUUUUAUUAUGAUGAUCAGUUAAUUUAAAUCAUUUCUCUGGAUACAACAGAGUCAGCAGUAAUGAAUUUACUGUCUGUAUUUACGGUUACCCUGUUGAUUGACAAUUCAGUGUCCGCCUUGCUCUGUGGCUUUGACACAUAUGUGGAAUACAACACACCUGAACAGAUUUGCUGUAACGGCACCGUUACAAGGAGAGACAGCUUCAGUAACCCGAACUCAGUUGGUUGCUGUAAGGAUACAUUGUACAACAAUGAGACUGACAUGUGCUGUGGUGGGGCCGUGGGACCCAAAAGCUGGUUGUGUUGUAAUGGUGUUCUUCACCGAACCAAAGAUUUUGAUUCAUAUGGAUGCAAUGGAACAGAUCUAUACAGACUUCCAAAGAAAGAUAUUGUUAAAUCAACAACAAGAGAACCUUCUUGUAAGAGUACGAUAUUUGAAGAGAAUAAGUUGGUUUGUGGUUCAUCAUUAUACAACACAGAGCAAGAAACGUGUUGUAAUAGGACUGUGCAUACCAAAUCUCCAAAUGUUCUGUGUUGCAAAGACGUUUUAUACAACACUAGUACCCAUGUUUGCUGUGAAGCGAUAUUGCGUCCCAAAUCCAGACUUAACGAGAGGAUCAGCUGCUGUGGUACUGAUCCUUACGACCCAGACAGGAGCUUAUGCUGCAAUGGAAUCAAAUAUGAAAAGAGUUCCAAAUUAUAUGGUUGUUGUGAUACAAAGCCAUACAGAUUUUCACAUGAUAUGUGUUGCAUCUCAAAAGUAUAUGGACAAUCGAAGAAAAUGCAAUGCUGUGGGACUGAGACGUUCGAUAGGGAAAAACAGUAUUGUUAUAAUGAUAAUGAAAUAUUAGGUUUAAACGAAGGCAAAUGUGGAGAAAGAAGGUAUUCAACAUUAAAACACAUGUGCUGUGACCAAACUCUGAUUGCGAAUAGGAAAGGAUAUCGAUGUUGUGGAUCUUCAUUGUUUAACCCUAAGGUCAAUGACUGCGAUAUGAAACACAUUGUGCAAAAAGGAUUUCUCUGGUGUGAAAGUGGUAAUUACAACCCAGACACCCACGACUGUUGUGAAGGCCAGGUGAUGAAGAGGGGCGAGACAUCAUGGCGGUGCUGUGGUGCCAGAAUGAUAAACUAUGAUGUAAAUGGAUGCUGUGGAGCUGGACAUCCUUUUAACAAGAGAAAUCAACAGUGUUGUGGAGGUAAUGUAAUCCAAAUAGAAGGAAAAUGUUGUGCUAACCAGCAAAUGAAUUCAACUCAACUUUGCUGUGGUAAAACUAAAGACAGACACGAAGAAAUAAUCACUAAGAAAGAGCCGUAUCAUGAUAAAUGUUGUCCACAUAAAUGCGGAGGUGUUUCUUACGAUUCCGUUAAUUCUAUUUGUAGCUGGGAGAACAUUGUCAUAAACAAAACGAAAACUUUCAAUAUUUGUGGAAAAAAGAGAUAUAACCCGAAAGUCGAUCUCUGUUGCAACCAAAAGUUAUUCAAGAAAAAAAGAGAGAAAGGCAUGACAUGUUGUAAUCCAAGCUCUAUUAUUUAUCAUCCAAAAACACAUUUCUGCGAAAAUGGCGAAAUAAAAAGUAUAUGCCCCGCAAAAUGCAAGAACAUAACGUUGAAGAAUUUCUGCAAAAAAGAAAAUCCAAGGACAAGGACAAUAAAAAAAGGAAAAAUAAUCGCAAAGGAAUUUAGAAAUUUAUUAGAAAAUCAUAAGACGUGUCAAUGUGUCUACGCCAGAGAUCAAGGCAGAAAAUGUAAACGAAAUGGUAAACAGUGUCGAAGGAAUAGAAAGAAACGGAAACUUAUGGGUAUAUUUGUUGUGAAGACUCGGAUAAACAGUAGAGCCAGAGAUAUUUUCUGGUAUUUGAAGAGUAAAAGACAUCUUAUAAAAAGAAAAUGUAAAAAGUUAUUUAAUCGUAAAGUUUAACUUUUAAAUUUAG